CCUGAAUGCCUGCACUGCUUUGAACUCAGAGCUGAUAACAAACUUACUAUAAAAGGAAAUUAUUCAAUACACUUCUCACUAUACCUUGCACAUCUAGCUGGCGUUUGACUUCAUAAAAAGGAUUAUCCUGGAACACAUUUGACGGCAAGGGCAAAUAUUUGUUUGAAUCGAAGAUACUGUAGAGUAAACAACAUGUCGAAGAUUAUUGGAAUUUGUGUGACCUUAAUCCUGCUAAGAUUUUCAACAUUGGGACAUGUUUUGGCUCAAAAAGAACCGGUGGCAACCCUGCCGAAGCCACCCCGUUGUGGCAUGGCGCUAAGCGACCGUCUAAUAGGGGGCCCACAAACUCAAAUAGAUGAGUUCCCUUGGACGGCUCUGAUCCAGUACCGGAAAUCCAAUGGUCUAACCGGAUUCUUCUGCGGUGGAUCACUGAUCAACUCCCGGUACGUGCUAACGGCAGCCCAUUGUAUCCAGACAAUGCCCAGCGGUUGGAAAGUGAUCGGUGUCCGCUUGGGUGAAUGGGAUCUUACUACAGAACCGGAUUGUGUAUAUGCAAGUGAACACUGUGUUGACGCACCGGUUGAUAUGGGCAUUGAGAAGAUCAUCGUUCAUGAAGACUAUGCGAACAACAAGUCGCACUACAACGACAUUGCGUUGAUUCGGUUCAACAAGUCUGUGGACAUGUCGGAUUCCAUUUCUCCGGUUUGUUUGCCAACUGAAGAACCACAGCGCUCUCAGAAUAAGGUUGGCCAAACGGGUUAUGCCGCAGGAUGGGGGAAAACCGAGAAUGGCACUCCCAGCAACGUGAAGCUGAAGGUUCGUUUAGAAGUAACGGAUUCAGAAAGCUGUGCCAAUAUAUACGGUCGCUUGGGAGUAACUAUCAACGAUACGCAGAUGUGCGCUAAAGGAUUAGACAGUCGGGACUCCUGCAGUAGUUCCUCCCCCGGCGGUAGUCCAUUUACGAAGCAAGAACAUGUUAAUAACUACCUGUACGGAAUUUCUAGCAUGGGACCAAGAAGCUGCGGAUCCAAGGACAUGCCCGAAGUGUACACCAACGUGGCUAAAUAUAUUGAUUGGAUUGAGAGCCAACUGGAAUAACAUUGUAUGAAUUAUGAAAAAAACAGUAUGAAGUACGGAGUGUUACAUCUUCGUGAGUUAGUUUGCCAAUGUUAUCAGAAUAAUAAAAAAAUAAAUAUCAAUUUUAGCUUGCGAUGAUUAAUUAUAGAUUUCCCGAUAAAUCUACAAUUUCAUUUUUAAAAGUGUUAUUUUGAAAGUACAGAAGUGAGGUUGAAAAGUGCAUUAAGUGAAAAUUUUCAAAUUCUUAUCCGCUGCAUGUGGUGCC